AUGGUCGUGUCACAAUCCUUCCUGCAUUUCGCGGCUCUACUGGCACUCACCGCUCCCUCUUCCGUGCAUUCUCGCGCUAUGGAUGUGGACGAAUGGCCGUCUACAGAGAGUGACCACACGAAGCUGCAGGUAGUCUUGCCAGAAAAGCUCAUGAAAAAGGAUGGAUACGCGCAUAAAGAUGCGCUGUUUGGUUAUCCGGCAUACUCAAUGGGCUCCCUUCAGACCCAAUUGGUUUACACGAAUGAUUCUGGCUGCGAAGAGAUAAAAAAUGGCGAUUGGGAACCGCCUUUUGCGCUCAUGUUGGACCGUGGUGGUUGUCAUUUUGUGGAAAAGGUGCGUCGUGCUCAACAUGCCGGUGCGCGUGCCGUGCUGAUUGCAGAUAAUAAGUGCCUGUGCACCGACGUGGAGUGUUUGCGAGAGACUGGCGACGACUUUUGUGAGACGGUUUUGCCAUUUAUGGCAGACGAUGAGUCAGGCGGAGAUAUUUCUAUUCCCAGUAUGUUGAUUCGUAAAAGUGAUGGUGACGCUAUCAAGCGCGAAAUUGCGCAGAGCAAGGGUGUCAGCAAUGUGAUGGUUAAGUUUGACUGGGGUAUUCCUUCGCCUGAUGGUCGUGUGGAAUGGACGCUGUGGCAGAGCGCAUGGGAUGAGCAAACUUCAUCAACUCUGUCUAAUCUUGACGGAAUGAUCUCAGCACUCGGUGAUCGUGCCUAUUUUACACCGCAUUUUGUAUCAUACAACGGGACAAAAGUGGGCUGCCGUGACCAUGAUGCGUCAAAUAUGUCGGCCUGCGGCAAUAUGUGCCUAAACAAUGGUCGCUACUGCCUGUUAGACCCUUCACCUUUCCAUGACCGCUCGACUGGAGCGUCGGGAGCUGAUGUGGUGCUUGAGAAUCUACGACGUAAAUGUAUUUGGAACCUGGAGAGCAAAACUGAUCCGGGUGUUGGAAAAAAAUGGUGGGAGUAUGUUGGAGCCUCCGCGGAAACAUGUGGGCAGGAUGAGAAUAUGUUUCGUGAGCAAUCGUGCGCUGAGAAUGUUAUGAAGAAGCUGAACAUUGACACCAAUGCGGUUGAAGAUUGCAUGCAACCUUAUGGUAUUGAUGUUGACAAGGUAAACCCACUUCUUGAGGAGGAGCUCAAGGAGCAGACAGCACUUCAACUUUUGCGACUGCCGGCGCUAUACGUUGAUGGAGUCCAUGCUCGUGGUCGUGUAGAUCCGACUAGCAUUUUGGGUAUGGUAUGUGCAGGCUAUGGUGUGCACGACCCUCCUGAAGUUUGCACUUGUGCUUCCCAAUCGUCAGUUGGCCUAUUAGACUGCGUAAAAGUGGGUAGUCUUGCCAAUGCGGCUGCCAUUACUGGCAACAGCGGCUACUCCUUCAUGUCGCUCGUGGUUGUGCUGCUCGCAUUUGUGGGAAUAGUUGCAGCAGGUGGCUUUGUCUACUGGCGUCGUACUCAACGCCACAUGCGUGACCAGGUGCGUAGUAUUCUGGCCGAGUAUAUGCCGCUUGAGGAUCAGACCACGGACGACGACUACGAUCUGGAAGAUGAAAAGUCUCGCAUGCUUCACCCGGCGGAACGUGCUGCUGCGAAGAGCCCUCGUGGCUACAUGCCUUCUCGUGGAUUUUUAGACGAAGAUGAGGAAGAGGGCAUGUGA